UCUGUGACUUCCAUUCUCAGUGGAACACCAACUCCAGUACCUGUGCAUGAGAAUGAAUACUGCAUCCUACCUGCAGGUAGCAGCUGCUUGACAUACAAAAGAGUGCUGUAGUUGUAAAAAAAAGGAGGGAGACGCACUUUUAAAAGCAGGACAACUGAGCUGUAAGUCUCAGUCCUAAUCCCAUCGCAUGUGGAUAAGACGCACAGCUGGACCAGCUACACCAAAGAGUACUGAAUGAGGAAGAUUCUGAAUGUGAAGCCAAGAGGGAUACAAGGGCAGCAGUGUUAAUGUGAAUGGGACACAGACGUGAAAAAACCAUCUGUACAGAAUUUAUUGCAAUACUGUUUGCUCUGCCUAUUGUCUUCCCAACUUUGAUCUAAGCAGACCAAAUAGAGCUUGCUGAAACGGUGCCAAAGAAAACAGCCAACACAAAGACCAGUCAGUACUUCAACCUGAAACAAACGUAGAAACUCUUGGAAGAAAGUCCUGCAGCUCACACAGCACCAUGGAUCGGUUCAAAAUGAUCUUCCAAUACUUUCAGUCUAAUUCAGAAUCAGUGAUGAAUGGGAUUUGCGGGCUCCUAGCACUGGCUAGUGUCAAGAUUUACACCUCCUUUGACUUCAACUGUCCCUGCCUCCCUCAGUACAAUAUGGCAUAUGGCUUGGGGAUAAUGUUUAUACCUCCUGUGAUCCUGCUGCUUUGUGGCCUCAUUGUCAAUAGACAGUGUGUGGUGGCAAUCGAGGAGUGGAAGAGACCCACUGGGAACAGAAAGAAGAACAUGGCUAUUAUCAGGUACAUUUGUUCCUCUAUCCUACAACGGGCUAUGAUUGCACCCAUUAUUUGGAUCCUAGUCACCCUUCUGGAUGGGAAGUGCUUUGUCUGUGCCUUCAGCAAUUCUGUUGACCCUGAUAAGUUUUCUGGUUUUGUCAACAUUACCCCUGCCCAUGUGCAGCUGUUGCUCUCCAAGGUCCCUUGCAAGGAAGAUGAACUCAUAAGGAACAACACUUCCCGCAAAGCAGUGUCCAGGUACCUCAGAUGCUGGUCACAGGCUCUUGGCUGGAGUAUACUGCUGACCCUUAUUAUGGUAGCUUUCCUUGCCCGGUCUCUCAGGCCCUGCUUCAAUCAAGCUGCCUUCCUGCAGACUCGCUAUUGGAGUAAUUACAUUGAUAUUGAGCAGAAGAUAUUUGAUGAAACUUGCUGUGAGCAUGCUCGAGACUUUGCACACAAGUGCAUCAUCCAUUUCUUUGAUAGCAUGCAGAAAGAAAUCAAGCUAAGGCGGUUUAAUGCUCACAAAGAAGAAGAUGAAGGCAAAGAAAGGGAGAAAGAUCACUUGCGAGGGAUCACCAAUGAAGGGCAAAUGAACAAGCUCCUCCAGUCAUGGUACUACAGUAAACCACGGCUGGAUCUGAACCAAACAACCCACUGGCAGUGCUUGAGCACAGAGAGAACAUCUACGCAUUUGGUAGACACCAUGACUAAUAGGUGGCAUUCCCAGCCAGGAACUACAGCUACAAGACAAACAGAUGUUUAAAAGGAAACUGGAAACAUUGAUGUGAACCUCUCUCACAAAGUCCAUAUAACAUCCCUUAGAAAUAGGCUAAGUUGAUCAGGGAAAAAAUAGUCUGGUGGUUUUAUUUAAUGUAAAUCCUGCUGUACUCCUUACCACGGUGCCAAGCAGCUUACAACAGCAUUCUCCACUCCUUUAUUUUAUGACACCAUGGGCCCAUGAAGCAGGUUAAGAUGAGAGUGACUUGCUUGAGAUUACUAAGCAAUUUUCCCUGGCAGAGUGGGGACUGGAACAUUGGUCUCCCUAGUCCUUGUC